AGUCCAAAGGCUUGCAGAAGUUGAGAUGGUACUGCCAGAUGUGUCAAAAACAAUGCAGAGAUGCAAACGGAAUGAAGUGUCAUCUGGCAUCGGAAUCGCACUUACGAAACAUGAAGUUGUUUGCCCAAAACUCUGGAAAGAUCAUUGGGCAGAACUCGCGUGCAUUCGAAAGAGGCUUUGUUAGUAUUUUACGAACUCGAUAUCCGAACAAGCGUGUUUUCGCGAAUACAGUAUACAAUGAAUAUAUUGCUGACAAAAACCACGUUCACAUGAACGGAACGUGCUGGACGUCUCUCUCAGGAUUUGUUCAGACACUGGCGAGUAAUGGAAUCUGCGAAAUUGAGGAAUCCGAACGGGGCUGGUACAUCACCUAUAUCCAGAGAGACGAAAAGGAAAGAAUGCGAAAACAGCGCGAGCUGGACCGAGCUCGAGCGAAUCAAGACGUCCAAGACCGCACCUUCAAGCAUUUCGAAGAAGAAAAAGAGAGAAUGGAGAAGACUCUCGACGAGAGCAAGCUACACUUCACCCAAGCAGACGACGUUGAUCUGUCGUCCGGAGUGAUCAUUCCUUCGUUUGACUUGGAAACGAAGCAGGAAGAGCCCGUGGAAGAGAAGCUGGAUAAAACCGUCGAUUUCGAGAGACUUCUGGGAGCCAAAGAAGGAGAGAAGGAGGGAGAGAAGGAAGGAGAGAAGGCUGAAGCAAGAGAAGGAGAGAAGGCUGAAGUUAUUCAAGACAUUUUCGAAGGAAAACAGAGCAGUGUCGAGGAAUCGUCGGAGAAAACGUCGGCGAAUCGCUCUGCGGAGGCCUUUGAGAGCAAGCGAGCGAGGCUGGACAGUGGAGAUUCGGCGAACGAGUUCGUUUAUACGCUGAAGGAGCAGAGAAAAGAAAACUGGAUUCGAAAAGGUCUGGAAGUGAAGAUUCUAAACGAAAAACUCGCUAAUGGAAAGUGGGGAUGGCGCUGUUUUGUCAUAUAG